UGCUUACAAAACGUCGCCUUCAUCCGCCCUUCUUAAUUACUUCCUCCGCCGCGAGCGUACCAUUUGUUCCAACGUCUGACGUUGCUAUAGCAGCUAGCUACGUCGCGAGAGCCGGAGAGAAAUGGGGAACUGCGGGCUGAAGCCGAAGGCGCUGGGCGACGACGACGCUCCCCCACCGCCUGCCGAGGCCGAGCCGCAGACACCGCCGGCGACCGGAGAGAAGGAAGGCGAGGAGGCGCCGGCGGUGGAGGAACCUAAGAAGGCCGCCGUGCCCGGGGAACAAAGCGAGGAAGCUACGACCGCAGCAGCUGAAGCAGAGAGACCUGAAGACCCGAAGGUACAGGAGGAGAGCGGCGGCGAGCUUCCGGAGUCGACUCCGGCGACCGUCGUCGCUUGAAGUCAAGUGCUAAAACGAAUGGCUUGUUGUUAAGGGAUUUGCUUUAAAUCCCUUCAACACAAUUUCUAAGACAUGAUCCGGAUUCUUGUAAUUGUUUGAAUUUGCAAAAGAAGUGUCUUCGGUUAAAUUGGAUAAGUUCGUUCUUCUUUUCUUUGUUUCCCUUUGCCUCCUGCUUUGGAUGGGUGCGAUCCUCGGUUUGUUUUAUUUUCUUCUACUGUAUGUUACUAAUUGUUAGCUUGGUGGAUGGAAAUCAAGAAAUGGAAUUACUUUUCAUUGA